AUGUUCCCACCUCCGACGAAGGACGGGUGCAUGUGCGUGAUUGCACACCUGCUGGGCAUCCCUCUGGUGCACGUUCGGGACUUUUUGCUGAUGGACGCGCCGCUCAGUGUGCCCCAGAUCGGCUCAGGCCUGACCCAGGAGCAGGUUCGCAGCACGUGGACGGGAGCCAUCAAGAACACCUUCCACUGGGCGAUGCUCCGGGCCUCACUCACCGCGCUGGGUGUGUAUGAGGUCCGCGCGAACAAAGACCUGCGCUCCAGACUGGGGCUGCCGCUGGGCGGCAAGAGGGGCGGCCUCACCUGCCGGCCGCUGGUGGAGGUGGUUUCGAACAGCUGGCUGUUUGAAAACCCGCGGCCCUUGGAGCCUGACCAGGUCAUGAUCGGAGCAGUCUCGCCCCGCCCCUCUUCCCCCACCAUCCCCGACCCCGAAGUCGCCGCCUUUGCCGCCGAGGCCGCCGCGGAUGACGGCCUCGUGCUCGUGUCUUUUGGUUCCGUCUCCAGCUUCUUUGGAACCCUACUCACCUGGGACGACUACACGGGACUCUCCGCCGCCUUUGCUGACCUGGCGCCCGUCCGCGUCCUUUGGCUGCUGCACCCGGCAGCCCUCGGCAACAGGACGGUGGACGAGCUGCCUCUGGGCGCCAACACCAUGGUCGUGCCAUGGGGCCCGAUCAACGAUGUCCUGGGCCACCCCAGCUGCCGCGCCUUUGUGACGCACGGCGGCCUGAAGUCCACGCUGGAGGCGAUGUUCCAUGGCGUGCCCAUUGUGGGGGUGCCCUUCAUGAACGAGCAGCUGCUCAACUGCCAGCGCACGGUGACGCGCGGCUUUGGCGUCGUGUCGCCCGAGGCGCCGGCGUCGCGCAAGGAAGGGGUUCACUACACGCGCAAAGGCAUGGCGUCCCUCAUCAAGCAGGUCCUGUCGCCCUCCUACGCGACAGCCGCCAACCAGAUCGGCGCGGCCAUGCGCCUGGCCUACCGCCAGAAGCGCCCCGUAGACCGCGCGGCAGAGGAGGUGGAGCUGGCCCUGCUGCACGGGGGCUACAGCAUGGAGCACUCGCUCGCGCAGGCGCGGCUGCGGGAGGCAAGGCACCGCGCCGACAGCUGCAACGGGGGAGAGGAAGGGGCAUGCGGGAUGAUUGACGCGGCAGGUCCAUCGGCAGCCUCCGCUGCAGUCCCCCACACCGAGUGGGAGUUGUGA